UCGUCGUCGCCCGUCAGUGUCAGAGCGACUCGUGGACACUUCGUUAUGUAAAAGAAGUUGUAGUGGACGUAUAGUGAAGUUUUUUUUUUCGAUUUAGUUCAGAUCCUAUAUUUUGAAAAUCAUCUCGAUAACAAAAUACUGCUGGAUGCAAUGUUGCUCUACGGAUUGUGAUUUAUCAAAAAACCAUUCAUUCAUCAGUUAUCAGCAAUCAGCACCUGAAGACUAGAAAAAGUGAAGGUACCCCGAAGAUUGACAUCUCCGCUGACGAGUGUAUACAUAGAUAGAUAGAUACAGGCUAGUCGUGGAGCAGCAUUUAGAAGGUCUCUCUCACGUUGGCUUCGCCACCACAAGACAAGACUAAUAUCUCUAAUCGUUUAGGCCUACUCGAUUGGUGGCGGCUACUUGGUUUCGACAUUCACUAAGGUGGGGCAGCUGGUCAAAAGACUCUAGAGAACUCUAAAGUGACUGCCCAAUCGUCGAAAUGACCGGUGCUUCUAAGGAUAAAGUUAUCAGAGUCGGCUCACGGAAAAGCGAGUUGGCGCUAAUUCAAACCAAACAUGUGAUUGCAUGCUUGCAAAAACUUAAUCCGGAAGUGCAAUAUGAGAUCCAUACAAUGACUACGGUUGGAGACCGUGUACUCAACAAAUCGCUGCCGAAGAUUGGUGAGAAAUCGUUAUUCACCAAGGACUUGGAGGAUGCUCUGCGGAACGGCGGAGUGGACUUUGUGGUGCAUUCUUUGAAGGACCUACCAACGUCACUGCCGAUUGGAAUGGCCAUCGGGGCCGUUUUGGAACGGGAAGAUCCCCGUGAUGCGUUGGUACUGAACCAAAAGUACCGGGGCAAAACGCUGGCCACAUUGCCGAAGGGUUCCGUUAUUGGGACCUCAUCGCUGCGACGAUCAGCCCAGCUAGCGAGGCUGCAUCCACAUUUGGUGGUUUGCGAUAUUCGAGGGAACUUGAAUACGCGUUUGGGCAAGUUGGACGCAGAAGGAUCGAAGUUUGCUGGAAUUGUUCUAGCUCAAGCAGGCCUUGUUCGAAUGGGUUGGGAAAAACGAAUCGAUCAAGUUAUCGAGCCUUCCGAGAUACUGUACGCAGUAGGCCAAGGGGCGCUCGCCGUUGAAUGUAGGUCGAACGAUGAAUAUAUUCUAGACAUGCUGUCCAAACUGUGUAAUUUUGAAACACAGUGCAAAAUUUUGGUGGAGAGAAGUUUUCUUAAAACCCUUGGAGGAGGAUGCAGUGCCCCGGUUGCUGUUUGCACAAACCUGAAACGUAAACAUGACUCAAAAUCAAACUACCUCAAUAUCCAAGGUGCCGUAUGGAGCCUGGAUGGCAAAACGGAGAUUCGCGCAGAUGAUGGAUGCUCCGUAGAGCUCGACCCUGUGCACCAAUCGGAUAUAGAUAACGGGAAUGGCGUACCUGCGAAGAAAAGUAAGACCGAAGAUGUCACAGAUAAUGCACUUCCGGUUGAGCCGGAACUAAGUUCACCGGAAACUAAGCGAAAGAGCCCGGAGAUUGUCGACGAAUUGCUGCAACCAGGCUGCUCAAACGCCGUCGAAAAGAUCGGCAUGACCAAGUUCUUGGAUGUGCAUGGUGAAAUGUUCAAAAAGUGUCCUUAUUCAAGCCAGCUGCAAAAGUCGGAGCAAGGCCAGGGGGAUGCCAAGGCCGCAUUGUGUCCCAGUAGUGCUUUUCCUGUUGGAGUCGAUUUUAUGGGUGAUUGUCCUUACGUUAGCACGGAGCAAAAAAUCGAACCAACCAGUCAAACUGGAAUGCGCUGUCCCAUCAGUGGGAAAAUACUCGUCGACAAGCAAGAUCAUCCCAUCGCCGACAAGUGUCCGUUCCUGGCGCAGGCGAAAGUUAUCGACUACAACGAGAACGUUCAACGGGAGGCUCCCAAGCUGGAAGACAACAGCGAGCACCUGUUUUGCGGCAUGCACUGUCACAAGGAUGUGCCGAAAGAGGCAUUCGAAGCGUGCGAGAAGUUGGGCCAGCACUUGGCACACUUUCUGAUUUCGAAGGGGGCUUUGGAGGUGAUGAAAUGCGCUCAAAACGAGAUUCACUCGAAAGCCUAACCGCAACGGUAUUUGGUAUGUAGUAAGAUUCUCUCUUGCGGUGGUACAUGAUUCCAUAGGGCUAUUUGGUAGAGUAGUUGAUAUUGUUACUAGUUUGGAUGUAUUGUUUUUGUAUAGAUAAACAAGUGCAAAAGUAAA